AUGCCUAUGCUUCCAGAAGUGUCCGUAGAUCGAUAUAGCAGACGAAAAAGGAAAGCACCAUUCCAAAGAAAUUGUAGUGUGCCAAUAUUAAAAAGACAGAAACACGGUGAACCUGAUUUGAAUGCAGCAUCGGUACUCUUGGAACUGAGUACUCUUAGAAUCAGUGAUGAUUCAAGUUAUCCAGUUACGUCUCAGAAUGUUGUAACCAUACGAACACAAACUGAUCCCGUUGUUUGUCAGUGUACCAAGGUGGAUGUUGGUUGCCAAACAGUAUAUGAUAAAUAUAUGCUUCAGUUUGUCAACCAUCUGACAUACUGGAAAGAGUCUGACAAAAAAGGUGAUAAGACUAAGUUGAAAAACAAGAAAACUAAUCCUAUUGAUGAAUUAUUCAUGACACUUGUAAGACUUCGACGUGGAUACUGCUUUUAUACAAUGACAUUUUUCUUGAAAUUUUCUGAAUCAUGGAUUAGAUGUAUAUUUACAACCUGGCUCCAACUUCUCUACUGCCAUUUUAAUGACAUUAGAAAACUCAUGUUUCCUGAUCGCACUGUUUUAAGAAAAUUCAUGCCCAAAUCAUUUCCUGGGUUCAAAAAUGUCAGAUGUUCUGUUGAUUGUACCGAAUUCUUUGUACAAAUGCCAAGGGACUUUGCAAGGCAAGGGAAUUUGUACUCUAAUUAUAAGCACCACCAUACAUUCAAGUGUUUGAUUGCUGUGGCACCAAAUGGUACUGGUGUAUUUAUAUCGCCACUUUAUGAAGGAGCAAUUAGUGAUAGGGACAUUUUUGAACAAUGUGGUAUUUUGAAAUACUUAAAUCCAAAUGACUUACUGUUAGUUGACUGUGGAUUUACUGUAGAGGACUUGCUUAUGUCUCAACAAGUUGACAUGAAUAUACCCCCCUUCCUUAAGGGACGAGACAAAUUAACACAACAGGAAGAACUUCUCACACGAAAAAUAGCCAAGGCUCGAAUCCAUGUAGAGAGAUUUAAUAAACGCAUAAAGAGGUUUCGAUUGAUAUCUGGAAUAAUUCCACUGUCCCUAGCUCCAGUAGCGAGUCAAGCAGUGUUUGUAGCUUGCUGUCUUGUGGACUUUCAAGAUCAACUUGCCAAGUGA